AAAAAAGAAAAGAAAAGAAAAGAAACUUAAAUCCCCAUUCUACUUUCAUAUUUAUAGCUUAUACUAAUGAAUACACACUCGAAUAUAGCUCAAUCUUGCUGAUCCAGAGUAGAGCAAAGAGAUGGACUCCGAUGACGACUUGCGGCCGGAAGAGACGGUGCCACUGAGCCAGAGACCGGAGUGGUCAGAUGUAAUUCCAGUACAGCAAGACGAUGGUCCAAACCCAGUUGUUCCCAUCGCAUACAAGCCUGAGUUUGAAGAGACAAUGAACUACUUUCGAGCUAUUUAUCUCUCUGAUGAGCGAUCCCCACGAGCUCUCCAACUUACCCACUUGGUUAUCCUCCUUAAUCCCGGAAAUUACACUGUUUGGCAUUUCAGGCGGUUAGUGCUUGAGGCAUUGAAUGCGGAGUUGUAUGAAGAGCUUGAUUAUAUUGAACGAGUUGCUAAGAAAAAUACCAAAAAUUAUCAGAUAUGGCAUCAUAGGCGGUGGGUUGCUGAGAAAUUAGGGACUGAUGCUGCAGCUAAGGAACUUCAGUUUACCAGGAAGAUUCUUUCCCUUGAUGCUAAAAAUUAUCAUGCCUGGUCCCACCGACAAGUUUGUUCUUCCUCUAUUAUCCCCUAUAUGUGGAAUUGGGUACUGCAGGCUCUGGGAGGAUGGGAAGAUGAACUUGAUUAUUGUCGGCAGCUCCUUGAGCAUGAUGUUUUUAACAACUCUGCUUGGAAUCAGAGAUAUUUUAUUAUAACUAGAUCUCCCUUAUUGGGAGGCCUGAAGGCCGUGAGAGAGUCUGAAAUGAAGUUCACAGUUGAGGCCAUUUUAGCUAACCCUGAGAAUGAGAGCCCAUGGCGAUAUCUUCGAGGCCUUUACCAAGGUGACACGCAAUCUUGGAUUAAUGAUCCUCAAGUCUCUUCUGUAUGCCUCAAGGUUUUGAGUGCCAAAACCAACCAUAUAUUUGCUCUUAGCAUGCUUUUGGAUCUCCUCUGCCAUGGUUUUCAAGCAAACCAAGAGAUAAGAGACUCAGUUGAUGCAUUGAGGACAUCAAACUGUGAUCCACCAGAACCAGACUUGGCAAAGGCUGUAUGUUCUCUGUUGGAGCAUGUGGAUCCAAUGAGAGCUAACUAUUGGAUCUGGCGAAAGAGUAAGCUGCCUGUGUUGGCCUAAUUGAUUACUCAAUUGAGCAUUAUCUGUGGCUGAAUGGUUUCUAACACAUAAUUCCUGUAAUUUGUAUUAGUAUGAAACCCCAAUUUAGUUUCUCUUUGUUAAGGAUCUGCAUUCAGUCCUGUCAAAUUCACUGUAGAACAUGAUAUUUUGAGAUUGAGUAAACCUCCAUACCGAUAUCAA